AAAUCCAACUUUUUUCUACCAUCGUGAUUCUGAAAAUGGAAAUAAAAUUCCAUAACGCAAUAUGUGGUCAAAGUAAGGUAGCUCAGACAAGACAAGGUCCGUCGGCUCCACGGAACAAAAAAUAUAAAGACUAUAAAUGUGAGUCUCUUCUCUGUUCUGUAAAACCCAACCGACGAAAAUAGCAUAGAGAUGACGAGCAAGAUUCUGGUCAUCGGAGCGACAGGUAACAUCGGAAAAGUCAUCGUCCAGGGAAGCGCCAAGUCUGGUCACGCCACUUUCGCUCUAGUCAGAGAGGCCUCUCUCUCUGAUCCGGUUAAGGCCAAACUCGUCGAGAGCUUCAAAGAUCUCGGCGUUACCAUACUAUAUGGAAGUUUAACUGAUAAAGAGAGCUUAGUGAAUGCAAUCAAACAAGUCGAAGUCGUGAUAUCAGCUGUUGGUCGGGCUCAAAUUCUCGAUCAAAUCAAUAUCAUUGAUGCUAUCAAAGAAUCUGGAAAUGUUAAGAUAUUCUUACCAUCGGAAUUUGACAACGACGUGGAUCGUACUGUGGCCAUCGAGCCAGCGACUGCGACACUAUCAAAUUACAACAGGAAAGCUCAGAUAAGGCGUGCCAUAGAAGCCGCAAAGAUACCUUAUACGUAUGUGGUCACAGGUUGUUUUGCUGGUUUUUUCGUUCCAUGUCUAGGUCAAUGCCACUUGCGACUCACAUCUCCUCCUAGAGAUAAAGUUUCUAUCUACGACAGUGGCAAUGGCAAAGCCAUUUUCAAUAUUGAAGAAGACAUUGCUACAUAUACAUUAAAAGCUGUUGAUGACCCGAGAACAGUUAACAAGAUUCUCUACAUUUACCCGCCCAAGAACAUUGUAUCGCAGAACGAUAUGGUCGGUUUUUGGGAGAGAAAGAUCGGUAAGACUCUCGACAAGACUUAUGUUUCAGAGGAAGAGCUCCUAAAAAGCAUCGAAGAGACUCAGCCACCAAUUGAUUUUGCCAUGGGUUUGAUCCAUACGAUAUUUGUGAAGAGCGAUCAUACCUCCUUCGAUAUAGACCCUUCUUUUGGAGUUGAGGCUUCCGAGCUUUACCCCGAGGUGAAGUACACAACCAUCGAUGAGUAUCUUAACCGGUUUGUCUGAAAACCCCCGUCCUUUAUGUUUGUUUCAAAGAUCGAUUGUUUCGAUGUUAGACGCAAAUCUUAUCUCAAAACGAGGCUUAUUUCAUUAAUAUCAAUACAUAACAUAAAAGGUCCAGUACAUUAUUUGACUGAUAUAAGAGACACCUUGAACCACAUUAUCACACCAAUAGUCCAAUAUUAGUGCGUAGUUUCAAGGGUUGACCUUGGGAGCCCAUCCUGAGAUCACAUACUUUUCCUCGGUCUUAGUUUUCUUAAGGAGUCAAGAGAGAACAAAGCCGUCAUGUAGUUAUGGACAUGGGGCAAGCUCGCGGGGACAGACCAGCUUUUGAAAUGGCCAAGAGCACCUUGGAGAUGGUAAAGCUUUGGUGCUAAGCUUAGAUCCACCGCGGGAACUCUUUCCCCGGCUAUAUGACCCAAGUUUCAUUUAACACUUACAAAAUGAAACAUUCAAUCAUCUUUCUUAACAAUUCGUAAUUUAAACUGAGAAAAUCUUACCAUCUCAUCUGCGACCCAAAGACUUAAAAUCUUAACAAAAAAUCUUACUACCAAUUUCUCCAAUCUCUGUAAGAAAAUUGGAUAUCUUUGACUAGUAAAACAUUUAUGGUAGUUAACUAUGAUUAAAAUUACAGUAAAAGAAAAAAGACUCUUUGGGUUGAAUUUAGCUUCAUGGGAUGUAUUCGGAAUCUUUGGGCCAAACGUUACGAACGGUGAAACAAAUGGUUAUUUCUGUCUCCGGUGAUAUUUUUGAUACUGAAAAUGUGCAUGACUAUAAUUCAGAAUGGUUAAUCAAAAAAAUACUAAUUGUUAGUAUAACAAACUUCGAUUUGAACCUCACACCGCGAGAUCGUUGAAAAAAGAAUUCGGUUAUUGUCUACUAAGGAGUUAGGACUAUCAAAGAUAAAAAUCAAACAAAUUCAAGUUAAAAUUUGGUACAGAGUUCAAUCUUUUUGGUCUGCAUUAGGUUUGGUUGGGUUAACCACAAAUGGACGUUACUCAUACAAUGAUAUACAACACAAGCUUGAAACUCUAAAUAAAAGAGAGGAACGUAUAUAGAGUUUAAUAUACGGGAAAUACCCCGAGACAACCAGAGUCUUUCAUUCGACCCAUCUC